AUGCGGUCUCCAUUCUUCGACAUUGGCCCCAAUGACAAGGAAAGAAAUAUUCACCACUACGAGUUGGAGCCAGAUACAGUACUACCCUUCAUCAAGGAGUUUCCAGCUACGUCGUCCGACAUAACGUCUUACAGCAGAGUUCAGCGGGUACAAAUCCAUAUGCAUCAUCAUACUAUGCACAACGGAAUUCCCGACGAAAACCCGUUCUUUGCUGUAAAGGAACUACUUCCUGAGCCUGAUGAUAGACUGGACAUCAGUCGCGAAAAGAAUUUCCGUGCAGAGGUGAGGGCCCUGGCAAAGACUGUUGGUCUAUCAAGCCAUGACCAUGUCAUCAAGCUACUCGCGACUUGGAGAAAAGGUGAUAGCUGGAAUAUGUUGUUCCCAUGGGCCAUAAGCAACCUCAAAGAUUACUGGAAGAGAGGCGAGCCAGAAAGAUCGCCCGAAUUUGUCAAAUGGAUAUCCACGCAGUGUCGAGGUCUUGCCGAAGGCUUGCAGAAGAUCCAUAAAAGCCCUUCGGAUCACGCGGAUCACGCACAAGAGUAUGGUAUCCACGGAGACAUUAAGCCUGAAAACAUACUCCUCUUCCAUAGCGAUUCAAAUCCAUUCGGAAUAAUGGUAAUCAGCGACUUCGGCUACACUCGCUUUCAUAGGAGAAACACUCGGUCAAACACCCCGGCAGCAGGCUACAGUCCAACGCACAGAGCACCAGAACUUGACCUUGAACCAUUCAUUUCCAGGUCCUACGACAUGUGGACUUUUGGUUGUGUAUAUCUAGAGUUCAUUACUUGGUACCUUAUGGGGCCCAAAGGUAUUGGGGAGUUUGUGGGGUGUCGGACGGCAGAUGACACAGGUGCACCAGUAGGUAUCAAGGAGGAUAAGUUCUUCAUACCCGGCAUUGAAGAGAAUGGAGAGAAAGAGGCGAAAGUGAAACCGUCGGUCAAUGAUACUUGGGCUUGUGCGACGAUGCUCGACCAUCAAUACCAGGAGCCCGACGUUUCGGAGAGGCCAGUGCAGAUAGCACUCAUUUGA